CCGACUCGCACUCUCUCCGUCUCUCAGGCUUCCGCCGGCGCAACUCCGGCCAUUUCUCAGUCUCGACUCUCACUCUCUCAGCUGAAAGUCAAAGAUAUGGCUGGUGCAAAGGGAGUCAAGCCUGAUAAUGCCAAGAAAUCUGCUGUUGUUGCCAAAUCUAGUAGUGGGUGUUUUUUUAAACUCAUUUCUGUUUUUGAGCUCAGCUUCUUCCAUCAUACACAUACACUCUGCAGAUGAGGGAAGGAAAAAGGAGACAGGUCUGGGUCUUACAAAUACUAAAGACGGCAACUUUGGGGAAUGGUAUUCUGAGGUUGUUACAAAUGGUGAAAUGAUAGAAUAUUAUGAAAUAUCCGGCUGUUACAUUCUCCGGCCAUGGACAAUGUCCAUUUGGGAGAUAAUGCAAACCUUCUUUGAUGCAGAAAUUAAGAAGAUGAAGAUUAAAACUUGCUAUUUUCCGCUUUUUGUAUCCAAUAACGUUCUACAAAAGGAGAAGGAUCACAUAGAGGGUUUUGCUCCUGAGGUUGCUUGGGUCACGAGAUCAGGUGACUCUGAUUUGGAAGUCCCUAUUGCCAUUCGCCCAACUAGUGAAACCGUCAUGUACCCCUAUUUCUCUAAGUGGAUCAGGGGACACCGUGACUUGCCUUUAAAACUUAACCAAUGGUGCAAUGUUGUCCGAUGGGAGUUCAGUAAUCCUACUCCAUUUAUCAGGAGCCGUGAAUUUCUUUGGCAAGAAGGGCACACUGCCUUUGCAACAAAGGAGGAGGCAGACACUGAGGUUCUUGAAAUCCUUGAACUGUAUAGGCGUCUAUAUGAGGAGUACUUGGCUGUACCUGUUGUGAAAGGGAAAAAAAGCGAGAUGGAGAAGUUUGCCGGUGGACUUUAUACUACUAGUGUCGAGGCCUUUAUUCCAAAUACCGGUCGUGGUGUUCAAGGUGCAACUUCACAUUGCUUGGGCCAGAAUUUUGCUAAGAUGUUCGAGAUUAAUUUUGAAGAUGAGAAGGGAGAAAAGGCUAUGGUCUGGCAGAAUUCCUGGGCAUACAGUACUAGAACGAUUGGGGUGAUGGUGAUGACCCAUGGGGAUGAUAGGGGCCUGGUGUUACCCCCUAAAGUUGCCGCAAUACAAGUUAUUGUGAUUCAUGUGCCUUACAAAGAUGCAGAUAUUAAGGAAAUAUUAAGUGCAUGUUCAGCCACCGUAAAAGUUUUAUGUGAUUUAGGUAUUCGUGCCGAAGCGGACCUCAGAGAGAAUUAUUCACCUGGUUGGAAGUAUUCUCAUUGGGAAAUGAAAGGUGUUCCCCUGAGGAUUGAGAUAGGACCGAAAGACCUGGCCAAUAACCAGGUGCGUGCUGUUCGUCGUGACAAUGCAGCAAAAAUUGAUAUUCCUAUGGACGGUUUGGUUGAUAAAGUAAAGUGUAUGCUGGAUGAUAUUCAGCAAAACAUGUUUAAUGUUGCUAAGCAAAAACGAGAUGCCUGUGUUCAAGUUGCGAAAACUUGGGAUGAAUUCAUUGAAGCAUUAAGCCAAAAGAAAUUGAUCUUGGCUCCAUGGUGCGAUGAAGAGGAAGUGGAGAAGGAUGUGAAAACAAAGACAAAAGGGGAGACAGGAGCUGCUAAGACGCUUUGUUCUCCAUUUGACCAGCCUCAACUGCCUGAAGGUACAUUGUGCUUUGCAUCGGGGAAACCUGCCAAGAAAUGGACGUACUGGGGACGGAGUUAUUAAGGUUUGAUUUCUUGUUUUCAUUCAUUACUAUAUCCAACCAUUAAAGAGUUAUAUUUUCGAGUUUUACAAUCAUGUUGUUUUGUAUACGGCUAGAUUUAUUUUACCUUGUAUGGGGAAAACAUGUUCGAUCUGGUACAUGCCUAUAUUAUCCGAGGAGGACUAGCCUUUUUCAACUUUUGUGUACAUCUUAUCCUUCCUAGACUUGACUUGAGUACGAUUCAUUGGGUGGGUUUGAUUUGGUUUA